CCCCCCCGCAACAGACAAGCCACCCCCAAACCGAGACUGCAGAAUAAGAUGCUCAUCUAGUUUAAACUUUGAUUGCGAGAUUAUCCCAAGUAGGUGGAUUGAGUGAAUGAGCACUUUUUCUUACACUUUGGGAGACGGGAGGGGUUCAAGAAAAUGGCAAAAAUACAUCUUUCAGGGUUCAUCAUCCUGUGCAUGGUCCAUACCGGCAUUCCCCAACUGAGCCCUCGUGGACCCAGGCCAGUACCCAUACCCAGAGACAGUACAGAUGAGAAUCUGCCAAAACCACAAGGUUGUGAGACCAGGACAGUCAACUGUCCCGUCAAACUGUUCUUCACCAUCGACACCUCUGAGACCAUUGCCCUGCAAGAGUCCCCGCCUGGAAUACUGGUGGAAAAUAUCAAGGAAUUCACACGCAUGUUUGCCCAGAAGCUGGUGGAUGAGGAAUACCGAGGUCUAGUCCGUAUCACCUGGUCCAUCGGAGGCCUGCACUUCUCCCAGAAGCAGGUGGUCUUCAGCCGGUUUGCAACCAGGGAGAGCUUCAUCAGGAGCCUUGGCGGGAUUCGAUACCUAGGCAAAGGCACUUACAUCGACUGCGCCCUCAAAAACAUGACGCACCAAAUGACUCAACACUACUCGGAAACGAAGGCAGUCCUCUUCUCCGUGGUUAUUACUGACGGCCAUGUGACGGGAAGUCCCUGCGGCGGCAUCAAGGCGACGGCUGACAAGGCCCGUGAGCAAGGGAUUCGUAUUUUCUCAGUGGCGGCGUCCAAGUCCAUCGACGAAACGGGAAUGAGGGAGAUCGCCAGCUCUCCUACUGAAGUUUACCGCGACGAGUACAUAGCCGUGGAAAUCGUUGACGGUAGACCGAAAAUAAAGAGAGAAUCCAUUGAUCGUAUCAUACAAGCCAUGAAAUAUCAAGCCUAUUUAGAGUGCUACCAACAGCAAUGCUUCGAGACCCCAGGGAUCCCUGGACCAAGAGGGCUUCGAGGGCCAAAAGGUGCAAAAGGAGACACUGGCUAUCGUGGACCAAAAGGUGAAAAGGGAGGUCAGGGUGACCCUGGAAUUGAGGGUCCAAUUGGAUGUCCUGGACCUAAGGGAGAAGUCGGGUUGAAGGGCGACAAAGGUGAAAUAGGAGCAAGUGGAACAAAGGGUUUGGUUGGAGUACCCGGCCACAAUGGAACCGAUGGACAGAAGGGUAAGAUCGGCCAUAUUGGAGCUCCAGGUUGCAAAGGGGAACCAGGAGACAAAGGGCUGGACGGCUACCCCGGAGAGGUUGGGGAUGUUGGCCCACUGGGCAAAAAUGGAGAAAAGGGAGACCUUGGCCUUCCUGGCAAAGCAGGUGCUCUUGGCCCUGAGGGUGAACAAGGAGCAAAGGGUGAACGAGGUAAUCCAGGAAAUCCAGGACCCCCGGGAGAAAAGGGACCAGCGGGACUUCAUGGCUUACCUGGACCAAGAGGCGAAUUGGGAAGGAGAGGACACGAAGGGCCAAAGGGAGCUCAGGGAUCUAUUGGGAAAAAGGGAGAUAAGGGAGAACGAGGGCCACAGGGAAGCAGGGGACGAACAGGGGAUGACGGUUUCAAGGGUGCAAAGGGUGAUCCUGGACUACCAGGCCCAAGGGGUCAGGCAGGAGAACCGGGAGGUCCUGGAGAAAAUGGCACCUUGGGAAAUCCGGGUGAUGCUGGACCAAGGGGAGACUCAGGCUCUCAAGGACCAAGGGGCGAUAAAGGAAGACAAGGAUUCAGCUACCCUGGACCAAGAGGACCAACUGGUUACCGUGGUGAUCCAGGGAAAAAAGGACUCAAGGGUGGUCACGGUGAAUGUGGAGCCAAAGGAGAGCCAGGAGAUAAAGGUCCACGUGGGGAAUCUGGGGAGGCAGGUCAUGCAGGAGAGCCUGGAGCCAGAGGAACCAGAGGGGACCCUGGGCCUGAUGGUUACCCUGGACCAGUGGGCGAUUCUGCAAUUACUGAUUGCGACGUCAUGACUUACAUCAGGGAGACUUGUGGUUGUUGUGACUGCGAGAAGCGUUGCGGUGCUCUGGACAUUGUAUUUGUCAUAGACAGCUCGGAGAGUGUCGGUCUGACCAACUUCACCUUGGAAAAGAACUUUGUAAUCAACACCAUUAAUCGUCUGGGCUCUAUGGCCAACGACCCUGCAUCCCCAACCGGAACAAGAGUUGGAGUUGUUCAAUACAGCCACAACGGGACCUUUGAGGCCAUCCGUCUCGACGACCCCAACAUAAACUCUAUGUCUGCUUUUAAAACGGCGGUGAAGAACCUUCAGUGGAUCGCAGGGGGCACCUUCACCCCCUCGGCUCUCAAGUUUGCCUAUGACCAUCUCAUCAGGGACAGCAAGAGAGCCAGGGUCAAAGUGUCCGUGGUGGUGAUCACCGACGGACGCUUCGAUCCGCGUGACGAUGAGGAUCUUCUGAAGUACCUCUGCCAUGACGGCAGCGUCGUGGUGAACGCCAUCGGGGUCGGAGACAUGUUUAGAAAAGCACAGGACGAUGAGAUCCUGGGUUCCAUAGCGUGCGACAAAAAGGAUCGGGUCAUUGGAAUGAAGAAUUUUGUUGAUUUGGUCACAGAAGACUUCAUAGACAAAAUGGAAACUGCUCUUUGUCCUGAUCCAGUUGUUGUGUGCCCCGAUCUCCCCUGCAAAAGAGAGCCUGAUGUUGCCCCGUGCGCCCAGCGGCCAGUGGAUGUGGUAUUCCUGCUCGACGGCUCAGAGCGCCUCGGGGUGGACAAUUUCCGUCACGUCCGUGAAUUCGUACAAACGGUGGUAGACAGUCUGGUACUGGCCCGGAGCAGGACAGAUCGCAUGCGAGUUCGCUUAGCUUUGUUGCAAUACGGCAAGGACGGGGAGAACUAUUUGGCUUUCCCGCUCACGCAUGAUCCUGCACUCGUCUCUGACGGUGUGGCCCGACUGCGCUAUCUGGACGCUUCCUCGAGCGUGGGGCCAGCCAUCACCCACGCUAUUAACAGAGUGCUUGGCAAGGGAACGAUUCGCCAGACGAGACGCCAUGCCGAGAUUGUGUUCGUUUUCAUCACAGACGGCGUCACAGACAGGAAAAACCUGGACGAGGCGGUGCACGCCAUGCGUAGGGAACAGGUCGUCCCCACAGUGAUCGCCAUGGGAAGCGAUGUGGAUCAAGAAGUCUUAAAGAAGCUGGCCAUGGGAGACGAGAACGCCAUAUUCAAGGGAAAACACUGGUCCCAGUGGCAGUCAGGCAUGCUUCACCAUUUCAUCCGGUGGAUAUGUUAAAGAGGAACCACACAGGAGACAUAAACCAAGUAUUGGUGCUACUAAUGUUAAUUAAUCUGGCAUUCAAACAUAUCACAUCGCCUGGUGCACUGUACAGUCUGUAACUGUAGCAACCCUAAGUGCAUUAUACACACACAAUAAAUCAGA